AUGUUGAUCUUGAGUUCCUUCGGUAGUUCGAUACUCGAUAAUCAAUUGGACUCUGGAGGGAAAAAUUAUACGGUUCCAAUGGCUCCAAAACAGCCAAAUACAGGACUCUUUGUGGGUCUAAACAAAGGGCAUGUUGUCACCAAGAAGGAGUUAGCACCUCGUCCUUCUGACAGAAAAGGGAAAACAAGCAAGAGAUCACACUUUGUGAGAAACCUUAUCAGAGAGGUUGCUGGAUUUGCUCCUUAUGAGAAGAGAAUCACUGAGCUUCUCAAGGUUGGAAAGGACAAACGUGCCCUCAAAGUGGCAAAGAGGAAGUUGGGGACCCACAAGAGAGCAAAGAAGAAGCGUGAGGAGAUGUCCAGUGUUCUUCGCAAGAUGAGGUCUGGUGGAGGUGCUGAGAAGAAAAAGUGAGAUUGAAAAGAUAAAGAUUUGUCUUUUGAAUAGAGUAGUGGUUUUGGUAUUUAUUGAAAAAACCUUCUUGUAUUAUCUUUUUUGGAUUUGAAAAAACUCGUGGUUCACUUUCUAUUUGCAAAUUUUGAUAUACCAACAGAUGUAUCAGAACAGAAACUUUUUUAUGCAAGAUCGAUCAAUAGAUGUCCUUAGAUUUGUAGGAAGUAUUAUAAUGAAGGUUUAAAAGUACGGAAUUGUGCCUAGAGGCAUUUACUUUAACCUCACUUGGUGGAAUUACAUAUUAUUUUUAAAGACUAUAGUCGAACACCAAGAAAAA